CUUCUUUAAUUUCCUCAAGUUCAUACACUAACCUUUUCCAUAUAUCAUCAGGAUUUGCAUCGCCUACUGUUCAUAUCUCUCUCUCUCUCAUUUACGUAACUUAUCCAGUUCUUGGUCUCCGCAAGUGAACUCUGAAAUUAAACUUUCUUUUUUCAAGAACGGGGAGGUUGCAUCCAUGGCUGGCGGUGGAGGUGGAAGAUCUUUGGAGCAAACGCCAACUUGGGCAGUAGCCAUUGUUUGUUUUGUUUUAGUAUUGGUUUCAAUAAUCAUCGAAUACAUUAUCCAUCUCAUAGGAAAGUGGUUAAAGAAGAAACAUAAGAGAGCUCUUUAUGAAGCACUUGAAAAGGUUAAGUCAGAGCUUAUGCUAUUAGGAUUUAUAUCCUUGCUUCUAACUGUAGGACAAGGUCCAAUAUCAAAUAUAUGCAUACCAGAAAAGGUUGGAUCUUCAUGGCAUCCAUGCAGCAAGGAGGAAGAAGCGAAUAUAAACAAGGCUGAAGUGCCUGCAACAGAAAAUGAAAACCGCAGGAAACUUCUCACCAUAUCGGAUUCUGGUGGAAGUCUCCAUCGUGUCUUGGCUGGGACAACGACGACUGACAAAUGUGGUGAGCGUGAAGUCCCCUUUGUAUCGUCAGAAGGCAUUCAUCAACUCCACAUUUUCAUAUUCGUAUUAGCAGUUUUUCACGUGCUUUACUGUGUCCUCACCAUGGUUCUGGGCAGAGCUAAGAUGAGACGUUGGAAAUCUUGGGAAAAGGAAACAAGAACAGCCGAAUACCAGUUCUCGCACGAUCCAGAAAGGUUCAGAUUUGCAAGAGAAACAUCAUUUGGCAGGAGACACUUGAGCUUUUGGACCAAGACACCAGUCCUUAUUUGGAUAGUUUGCUUCUUUAGGCAAUUUGUGAGGUCGGUUCCUAAAGUUGAUUAUUUGACCUUGAGGCAUGGUUUUAUCAUGGCACAUUUGGCACCUCAAAGCCACAUGAAAUUUGAUUUCCAAAAAUAUAUUAAUAGGUCAUUGGAAGAAGAUUUCAAAGUUGUUGUGGGAAUAAGUCCACCAAUUUGGUUUUUCGCAGUCGUAUUCUUACUCUUCAACACUCAUGGCUGGCAUUCUUAUCUAUGGCUUCCAUUUAUUCCACUGAUUAUCAUCCUAUUGGUAGGGACACAGCUACAGGUGAUAAUAACCAAAAUGGCACUUAGAAUUCAAGAGAGAGGAGAGGUUGUGAAGGGUGUGCCUGUGGUUCAGCCUGGAGAUGAUCUCUUCUGGUUCAACCGUCCACGUCUUAUUCUUUAUCUCAUCAAUUUUGUUCUCUUUCAGAAUGCCUUCCAGCUUGCUUUCUUUGCAUGGAGUUGGAAAGAAUUUGGGAUAAAAUCUUGUUUCCAUGCACAUGUAGAGGACAUAGUCAUCAGAAUUUCAAUGGGGGUCCUUGUGCAAAUACUCUGCAGCUAUGUCACUCUCCCUCUCUAUGCCCUCGUAACACAGAUGGGUUCAUCAAUGAAACCAACCAUCUUCAACGAGAGAGUAGCAGCAGCUCUAAGAAAUUGGCACAAAACGGCUAAGAAAAACAUUAAACGGAACAAGGGGUCCGUCACCCCCUUAUCUAGUAGACCAGCCACACCAUCCCACCACAUGUCGCCGGUGCACCUUCUUCGAUACUAUCAGAACGAAAUGGAUAGCCUCCAAAAUUCUCCUAGGAGAUCAAGUUUAAAUAGGUGUGAAACAGAUUCUCCAUCACCUUCUCACCCUAACCAUGGCGAGGGAUCAUCGUCGACCCAUCAUCUCAAUCACGGUGAUGGUUCAUCGUCUUCACAUCACCACCAUCACCAACAAGUUGAAUUAAGUUACGUAGAAUGUAAACGAGAAGGCAAUGAAGAGCCAAGUUCAAGUCAAGUGGCCCCAGUUCCAGAACAUGAAAUUAAUAUAGUGCCAAGGGAAUUUUCAUUUGAUAAAAGAGCGAGUGUUUAAGCAAUUUUUCAUUGCUUUGUAUAGUUCUUAUAUAUAUAUAUAUAUAUAUAUUGGAAUAACAUUGAAGAUUAGAUAUGUAAUCAUUAACAUUUAAUUUUUUUUUUGGUUCUAUGUGCAUUAGUGUAAUUUGCCGCUGUAAAAAACAUUUGUUCUUGUAUUAAAAUUUCAGUUUCUUGAA